CGCAGCGGCCGGGCACUCGGCAGGGAAGCGCGCGCGAGAAGCCUUCCAAGAACAGAGCACGAGGGAGGGAGAGAGGAGGCGGCGAGAGGGGGUGAGGAUGGGGAUGAGCCUGGCGCAGGCGGUGGCGGCGCUGGUGGGCACGUGCACGCGGCGGCUGUCGCGGGCGGCGAGGCGGCUGCACCACCUGCGCCCGCGGGACGGGGUCGCGGCGUCCUUCUCGUCUCGCGCCAUCGUGCCGUUCCUCGGCGGCGGUGGGGUUGUCAAGAAGGCGUCCUCGUCGUCUUCGUCCAAGUCCAAGACGAAGGGGAGGAAGGCGGCGGCGGAGGAGCAGGCGGAUGACGGGGUGUGGAGGAAGGAGAUCAUGAUGGGGGAGCGGUGCCAGCCGCUGGACUUCUCCGGGGUCAUCUACUACGACGCCGAGGGCCACCGGCUCGCGCAGCCACCGCCGCCGCGCUCGCCGCUGCGCAGCCCGCUCCCGGCGUCCGUCAAGCUCGCCGCCAACGCCGGAGGAUACUAGGAACAACGCAGCCGUCUGUAGUGCCUCGCUACUUGUAGUCAGUGUACAUUUUCUUCUUGCCUCUGCUCUGUUUUGCUCUGCUUCUCCUCUUCCUCUCCUCCUAUAAUAAUAGGCCUCUCGUUUUUCUCUAUCGUUUGAGACUAAGCAACAGUGUAAAUUUUUUAUCGAAACCUUAGCUUGCUCCUCCAGAAUUUCUCGCUCUCGUUUCUUACGCAGCUGUUUACUUCAACGUAUCUCUGUUAUUUUCUUGCUUUCCCCUUUGUAAACAAAUUGUUUUUUCUUUUACCAUCGUUUAAGCUUUUUGAUCA